ACAAGGCUGCCUAAUACCAACGGCAAUGACCUUCCCUCCUUAUUCAUGAAGAAAAUGUUUUUGCUCAAUUUUUCGUUCAUGGGGGCUGGUUACUCUAUGUCUUCAAUCAGUGCCAGCAGAUCAGGUUCGCCGGAUCAUCCUCCAGAUCAAGCUAAGACGGGUCUCGGAGACCUACCGGAAAGUUGUAUCUCUUACAUUCUUGCGUAUUUGGAUCCGCCGGAGAUCUGUAAACUAGCGCAAGUGAAUAGGGUGUUCCGGUCUGCUUCCUCUGCUGAUUUUGUAUGGCAAUCAAAGCUCCCUUCAAACUACAAGUGCCUUCUUGAAAAAUCAUUAGCCCUUGAUGAACACAAUAGUAACCGUACUCCGAAGAAGGAUUUAUACUCAAGAUUAUGUCGGCCAAAUCUGUUUGACAAUGGCACCAAGGAAAUUUGGUUGGACAAGAGUUGUGGAUCUCAUCCACAGGUUUGUGUGUCCAUUUCAUCAAAAGCAUUACGGAUAACUGGAAUAGAUGAUCGAAGAUAUUGGAGUAAUAUUCCAACUGAGGAAUCGAGGUUUAACAGAGUUGCAUAUCUUAAACAAAUCUGGUGGCUUGAAGCACUAGGGGAGCUAGAGUUCGAGUUCCCACCGGGAAGCUAUAGCCUUUACUUCCGGCUUCAACUCGGCAAGACUUGUUCAGGGAGAUUUGGUCGACGAGUAUGCAGCACUGAUCUAGUACACGGCUGGGACAACAAGCCCGUCCGAUUUCACUUAUCAACGUCUGACGGCCAACGAGGUUUAUCAGAGUAUUAUUUGCAUGAACGAUGCAGCUGGGUUCAUUACCAUGUUGGUGAUUUCGUCAGCCACAGUCCGAAGCCUAUGAAGAUCAAAUUUUCUAUGAUCCAAAUUGAUUGUACACACACCAAGGGUGGCCUCUGCUUAGACUCUGUGUUGAUAUGCCCAACCAAGUUAAGGGAGAAGCUAAUGAAAUGUAGUCUAUAACUUUAGGAAAUACAAGCAACUAUAUUCUCUAACCAAAACCAAGCAGCAUAUGAUGUCUAGAAUCCCUCUGUAAUGUACAUUUGAAACAAGCUAUAGAUAUCAAUGUUCUUCUGCAUUCUAUUCA